AUGUCGGAUACAGUUCCUGGAUUUGUUUGUGGCGUGGCCGGUGGAUUUGGCGGUGCGGUCGGUGCAAUACUUACAAACCCCCUUGAGGUUGUUAAAACGCGACUUCAAUCGUCUGAUCAAUCAAAAAACACUGUAAAAACUCUUGAUGGAAAACGAAGAGAUUUCCUGAUCAAAAACCUACUCAAGAUAACAAAAGACGAAGGCGUCAAAGCUCUGUAUAAAGGACUUCCAGUGACGUUGAUAGGGACCAUUCCAGCUCGAUUCAUCUAUUUCGGUGCAUAUAACACGACUAAAUCUUCUUUUGGAACAAAUGAAAAACAUGUACACAUGCUCUCAGCCAUGUCAGCUUCUGUUUCUCAAAUAAUUGGAACAUCGCCUUUUUGGGUGGUACGAACAAAACAGCAGCUUCACAGAUCACAAUCCCGCGCAGCAUACACAGUCGCACAGUGUAUACGCGACAUCUACAAACAAAACGGACCUCUUGGAUUCUGGCGUGGCUCCUCGGCCUCAUUCUUCGGCAUGUCCGAAACUGUUUGCUUCUUUCUACUGUAUGAAUCAUGCAAGAAGAAGUUCAUUAAUCAUGGCGACGGCGCUGACUCUCAUUUGACCUCGCUCGAUGGGAGGAAAAUCUUUAAAUUAUUCACAUGCACGGCGAUUUGUAAAAUGAUCGCUUCGAGCUUGUUUUAUCCCCACGAAGUAGUGCGAACGAGAUUGAGAGAAGAAACGAGUAAAACAAGAUACAGGGGAUUUUUUCAAACGCUCGGGCAAGUGUAUAAAGAGGAGGGUCUCUCCGGCUGGUACUCUGGCAUGCGCGUUCAUUUACUUCGACAAGUUCCUAAUUCUGCAAUUGUGUUGUGCGUCGUGGAAAGCACAAUCUUCUUGUACAAAAAAUAUAUUCUCUGA